ACAAUAAUCUUCAUCCUCUUCCUCUGUUUCUCUUCUUCUCUCUUAAUUUCCCAAAACUAUGACUUACAACAGAGAUGAAGAAGAAGCUUCUUCUGCAACUCCCAACAAACCCAAAAGAAACAAAUACGCUUUUAUGUGUGCCAUUUUGGCUUCCAUGGCUUCCAUCUUACUCGGCUACGAUGUUGGUGUAAUGAGUGGAGCUGCGAUUUUCAUCAAACAAGAUUUCAGAAUCUCGGACGUCCAGGAGGAAGUUAUGAUCGGCGUCAUCAAUCUCUACGCCCUUAUCGGCGCUGCUGCUGCCGGAAGAACCUCCGACUGGAUCGGCCGCCGUUACACGAUGGUCCUCGCCGGUGUUAUCUUCUUCCUUGGUGCCAUUCUCAUGGGCUUAGCUACCAACUAUGCCUUCCUCAUGUUCGGCCGUUUUAUCGCCGGUAUCGGCGUUGGCUAUGCCCUCAUGAUCUCCCCUGUCUACACCGCCGAGGUCUCUCCGGCCUCCUCUCGCGGCUUCCUCACCUCGUUUCCUGAGGUGUUCAUAAAUUUCGGAAUAAUGUUGGGCUACAUCUCAAAUUUCGCCUUCGCUAAAUUCCCACUUCAUCUCGGCUGGCGAUUCAUGCUAGGAAUCGGCGUCUUCCCCUCAAUAUUCCUCGCCGUCGUCGUUUUAAUGAUGCCAGAAUCGCCACGUUGGCUAGUAAUGCAAGGCCAAGUCGGAAAAGCCAAGAAAGUCCUCGACAAAACCUCCGAUUCCAUUGAAGAAUCUCAACAAAGACUCGCCGACAUCAAAUCCGCCGCCAAAAUACCCAUCCACUCCACCGCCGACAUCGUUCACGUCCCAAAACAGAGCAGCCACGGCAAAGGCGUUUGGAAAGACCUCUUCCUCCACCCGACGCCGUCCGUUCGUCACGUGUUAAUCGCUGCCGUCGGACUCCAUUUCUUCCAACAAUCCUCCGGCAUCGACUCCGUCGUUCUCUACAGCCCAAGGAUCUUCGAAAACGCCGGAAUCAAAUCCGACAGUGAAAAGCUACUCGCCACGGUAGCCGUUGGAUUCACCAAAACCGUCUUCAUCUUAGUGGCGACUUUCCUCCUCGACCGUGUCGGACGGCGGCCGUUGCUCCUCACUAGUGUCGCCGGGAAGAUGUUAUCGCUGGUGACAUUAGGAUUUGGGUUAACGGUAAUUCAACAACAUGGAGACGUGAGGCUCACGUGGGCUGUUGGGUUGUGUAUUACAAUGGUGUUGUCUGACGUGGCGUUUUUCUCUAUUGGAAUGGGGCCCAUUGCAUGGGUUUAUAGUUCGGAAAUUUUUCCGUUGAAGCUACGCGCUCAAGGAGCGAGUGUGGGAGUGAUAGUGAAUAGAGUGACGAGUGGGGUUAUUACAAUGACGUUUUUGUCCCUCACUAAAGCUAUUACUAUCGGUGGAGCAUUUUUCCUCUACGCUGGAAUUGCAGCGAUUUCUUGGGUGUUUUUCUAUGUAGUGUUUCCGGAGACGCAAGGGAGAACUUUGGAGGAUAUGGAAGGACUUUUUGGUAAUUUACUAUGGAGAUUUUCUAAAGAGAGAAAAAUGGAGAAAAACAACGUCGAAAAUGGUGGUGAGGUUCAACUAGAGACAAAUGGGUAAAUUAUAAAAAAUAAAUAAAAUAAAUAGGAAAAUUUUCAAAAAAUGUCAAACUAUUUAUAGAAAUAGUAUCAAAAGAAGAAAAAUGUUGAUAAACA